CGUGGCCUUGACAGUUGGCUGACCUCGAAGGUUUUUUUUCUCAGUGUCACGUGUGUUUGUUUUGUGUGGGACGUAGUACAAAACUAAUUAGUGAAUGAUAUGAAUAACGAUUAAUUUAUUCGCGAGUCGUUACAUUCGUUGAAAACCUCCCAGAUUAAUCAACAUCGAUGGAUUUCAACGAAGAAGACAGCAUACUUCCGAUCCUGAACCAAGUAAAAGCUUUUCAACAUAAAUGGCUGGCUAAAAACCAACAAUGCGAAACGUUGGAAUCAUUUUAUAGAGAACUCGAAGCGACGAAUAAAGAACUCAAAGCGACCAAUACCGAAAUGAAGGCAUCGUUGAAUUCGAUCGUAGCCAAAAACAAAGAACUCAAAUCAGCUAACGCCGAACUGAAAUCAUCGUUGAGAGAAAAAACCACCGAAACCGAAGAACUGCAGAGUAAAUGCGAGUCGUUGAAAUCGUCUCUGGAGGCAGCCAACGUCGAAUGUGAACAAUUACGUGUAAUUCGAGGAACGACGGUAUCUAAUUUUCUCUCAGCUAACGGUAAAGUGAAGGAUCUGAACGUUAAAUGCAAGUCGUUGAAAUCGUCUCUAGACGCAGCUAACGCCAAAUACGAGCUACUACAGAAAACUCACGAAACGACGGAAUCUUCGCUGGUGUCGGCGAAUUUGAGAAUCAGAGAGUUGGAUAGUAAAUGCACGACGUUAGAAACGCUUUUACAUAAAGUUGACUACGAAAAUAAGGAUCUUAAAAAGAAGAUGGAUAAAUUGAAAACGAGAAGAUUAGAAGAGAAGAAAAAAGUAGUAAAGAUAACGUUGGAAAGAGUACAGGAUAAAUUAUUAAAAAGUCCUUUACAUGUGAUGAUCGAUAGAGUCAAACAUAAUAUAGAAGCAUUGGACGAAAACGCCCGCACUUCUGUAUCCGUUCCUUCGAAGAAAGAUAUCGAAGUUGUUGAUAUCCUAAGCAGCGACUCCGGCGAUGAAUCGACCUUAUCGCUGAAUAGCGAGAAUCAAAACAUCGACGAUCUUCUAUCACCUUGUCGAGUGAAAAAUAAAACUGAACCGUCUGAGCCAUCUGAGCAGGGUAAUUCGAAUGAAACCACCGAGCCAAAUUCAGCAUCGAGCUCGGUACCGGUAGAACCUGCCCUUCCAUAUACGAUCGAACCGUGUGUAGAAUUAACGAAUAGAAAUUCCAAUCGAGUUAAUCGGGUAGAAAUCGACGACGACAUGAAUUACGACUCCGAUAUUAGUUUGAGCAUAUGCGACGAUGUUACCUCGACUACAGCUGAAGAAGAAAACUUGGACGAAUCGUCGGGAAAACUUACCACGUCGACAUCACCUUCAUCGUCGAAUGAAUUUUCGAGUUCGACUUGUAACCCGAUCACAAUCAGUAGUCAGAUAUCUCCUGCCAAAGUGCCUGAACCUGAAACAAACGUCCAACAGAGCAGCGAUCCUGUAAUAUCACAUGCUAGUCACGAUGAAAAUAAUAUCGAGCAAAACAACGUAGAGUCAUCGAACGUUAUUCCUAACGCAGAACCGAAUACGAAUCAAGGUCCCGAAUGCAGCAACUUAAUUUAUGUUAUUUCAGAAGUUCCGAUGGAUAUAUCGAUGAAAGCUCCUGAAAUUAGUUCGGUUUCUGUAGGAGAGCUUGAGACCACGCUUUCAAAUCCGUCCCAAAGUUCAGAUUCGAAUAACGAAGCUCUUUCGAACGCAACCCAAAGUCCAGAUUCAAAUAACGACGAAGCUGUUUCGAUCGAAAUCCCAAGUCCAGAUUCAAACAACGAAGCUGUUUCGAACGAGAACGAAACCCAAAGUAGAAAUAAUUCAGAUCAAGAUAAUAUCGAAGACCAAGUAGACGCUAUCGUCUCAAAAUUGCUAAAAUCUGGCAAUCACCUGAAGGUCAUGCAUCGAGUUGUUAUAACACCGGUUCAAGAAGAAAACUACGAAAGGGUCGGUGUUGAAGUUGGAGUACCUAACGGAUCGAGUCAUUCUUCUCUACCUUCAAUUGCGGAAUCAACGCUGGAGGAUUCUUCUUCGAUGAAGCGUUCGCCUGAUCAAAAACGUCAUAUUAUACCCAGUAAGUUGAAAUGCUGCAGUUGACUCGUUGACUAAUAAUGGUUUGAAAAAUGGAAGAAUUUUUAGAAUAAGUACACCCUUCGUUUAUUAUUGUUAAUUUAUUGUUAAUUAGAACUUCUACCUCAGAUUUGCUUUCCCGAUGUAAAUUAUGAUACGAAUGUUGAUUUUUGUCCGGUAUUAUUUUCCGAAAUAGUACAUGUGUAUAGCUUCCUACCACAGUUGUGUUCUCAAAUAACGUAUUACCCGCUACUAUUUAAUAUUUAUUUUAUAUAAUUAAUUCCUAAUUUUUACGUUUUCGUCGUUUAGAAUUUUCGUUCAAUUAUGUUUAAACACGAAUCUUUUCGUGAAUAUAUUUAUUGAUAAUUUGAUA